AUCCAAAACACCUGUUGCAACCGGAAAUGACACGGUUGCAGGUCACCGUCGCUCGAUUUCAAAAGAGGUGUCAACAACAGAGCGAUCAUUCUAGCACGCCCGCAAAACAACGAUGGAUUUUAGUGAUGAUUUUGAAUCCUUCGUGUAUUCAUUUUCAGUAUUGUGGAUCUGUAUUUUCACAACGGUAACAAUUUUAGCUGCGUGUUGCUAUAAUGUAGGUACGGAUAGCGCGGAUGUGGGAGAACUGGAAGAACCCGCAACGGACGAUACAACGUUGGGCUUCGGUCAGUGUACGGGUGACCUUACUAGCGGGCCCGGCGAAGAUCGUACGGUUGGAUGGGAGAUUGGAGAGGGGGACAACAAAACGUCUGAUGGAGAGAGUGAGAGAGAGACGGAAGAAGAGGACGAAACGGCGAUCCCUGGCGAGGACUCCUCGGCUGAUGAAAGCAUGCCUGAACUUGAAGACAUCGCUAAGAAGGAUACGGAUAAACCCAUCAAUCUGACCCAAGACGAAAACGAUGCUGCAGACGACAUCAUCACUACAGAACAUGGGAACGAGAACGGCUCAGAGAACGCAGCAGAACGCAAAGACGAGGAGAAGGUAGAAAAUAUUGAUGGAGGAGAAGAAAAAGUGAACGAAGCUUAUGAAGCGACAAAAGAGGAAGAAGAACAACGACAGGAGAAGGAAUCUUGUUCUGAUGUGGUGAAAGAGCAAAAAGAACCAAACGAGAACGAUGGUACCGCAGAGAUACGAGCAAAGAGUGAGGAUGGGAAAGAGAGGGAAGAAAAGCAAACUGAAGCAAGCGCACCAGACCCCGUCGUCGCGAAGAAAGGCGACGGCACCACCAAGGUUCUGCGGAAGAAAAAGAAGAAGAAAACGCGCAGCCAGCUACCCAGUCUUUUCAGCUGCCCGUUCAUGACGCCAGAUAUGAUGGAGCCGAGCGAAAGCCGGGGUCCCUGGCGGCGCAGAGAGCGAGGCAAGCCGAGAGAGCGAGUCAACGUUUUCCUCGCUGAAGGGAACAAGAGCAAGGAAGAUCAGAAAGAAGACACGGUCACGGAGGUGACACAGAAUGGGGAAGAUCCGGAGAACGGAGGCAAUGCAGAAGGAAAAAACAACUCAAGCCCCGCCCCAGAAAACGAUGACGACGUUAAAAAGGUAAAAGAAGAGAUUUACGAAGAGGCCCUCCCACAACGUAAGGUCUACAAGGAGGCUGAACGGUGUAUGACAGACGAAGACAGGGCGGCCGAAAGGCGGAUUCAGCAGGAGCAACUGGCCGCCAUCUUUAAAUUGAUGCAAGACAAUGAGGACAAAUUCGGCGUCCAGUCGUACGAUGACGUCGAGGAACAGAUGAAGUUAUACAAGACGUAAUAUAUUGUAUUUCUUAAAAUAUUUGCGAUGUUUUUAUUUUCGUGGUAGCUAGCAUCCUCAAUGUCUAGCUACAGUAGUGUACAAAUGUUUUUAUUUGCGAAUUUAAAACAUCACCCCCCCCCCCCUUACCGCGAAAAUACGUCUUCACGAAAAUGAAUUUUUAUCACAGUAUUCCACUCAAACUACCGACCUGUAAAAAUCGUUCAGGGAUUUAAAACAUGAAAAACUUUCUAAAUUAUUAGAAUUGGUAGAUGCAAUCUUUCAUUUGUCUGUUUUGAUUGUUUCUAUUCAUAUCUUGUGCCAUAUGUUAUAAUAUUCCGAUGCGUUUUUCUCCAUUAACGAAUAAUUCCUUCCCCAUUAUCAAUCCAUUUUCAAUCCAAAUUCAUUUAUUCAUUAUAGUGUAGUCCCUUCAGUUUUUGAAAAAAAAAUGAUUCCAAAGGGAGCCCUGCAACUUAACAAUAAUAAUAGAACAUAGAAUAGAAGGCAAAUAAUCGAGCAUAGGAGUAAUAACUUGGUUUUCCCUUUACGAAAAAUAGCGAGGAUUAAAAACUAUCGUAGCUAGUGAUUCUAAACACAACUGUUUUCAAGUUGUACAAUGCUUUAGAAAACAACACCCAACGUUGUUCUAUGUCCAUAGAGUUCAGCACCAAGGACAGGACCUUGUGUUUUGAACGGUUAGAUUUUUUUUCACUAGCAAUAAGCACCGUAUUGCGGUUUUGUUGUGUAGUUAUGUAACAAUAGUUCGUCUUGCUGAUAAUUACGUGUUAAUGACCAGGUGUAUACGGUGCCAUAAUUCAUGGUCGGUUCCUAUAACCACCGAAUGAACGAUUGAGCGUAACGAGGUCGCUUAUGAGGUGGUAAUAGGAGCAUCAACAAUUGAAAGCUAGUACCAUAUUGACUACUAUAGCCUGGUUCCGACCUCUGGUCGAUAAUGUACUAGUACGUAUGACCUAGAGAAAGGAAAUUUCUUGUCAGGUAUUCAAGUGUUUUGAUGUGAAUGUUUAGUCUACUACAGUUUAGUGAAAAUGUUGGAACAGUGAAUCGUAUUUGAAAUUGGUUGAAUGAAUGGUUAAUUGACACGUGGUGUACACCGUACAAUUUCUCAUAAAAGACAUAAAAAGCAUGUAAAAACACAAAUUACGCCAGGGCAUACAUUAUAGAGACGUCAAUAGCACAAUAAAAACGAUUCAAAACGUCUGUGUAGUAUACAAUUAGAUUUGACUUGCAGAA